UCAUACGCUACGAACUGUCUCCUGUUUAGUAAUGGCUGCAGCAAUGCCUGUAGGCCAAAAGCACAGCGACUCCCUUGCCUACCUGCAGUCGCUGGGAGAAGAACUGCCAAAGGAGGUGGCCGACAAACUGGCCGCCCAAAUCACUGAGGAAGUGGCUACGCCGGACACGGGCAGCAUCAAUCAGGCGUCACUGAAUGUCAGCUUUCGCGUCUACUAUCACAUCGUGCACAAAUACCAGCUCGAGGACGAGCACUUUGCCGAUCUUCCUCAGAGACUGUGCUGUGAGCAGCCCCAGGCUUUUCUCAUGCUGCAGGCUGUGCUGCUGACCAAUCACUGGUCCCGCCUGGACGCCCAGGGGGUGGAGGCCAAGUGCAUUGAGUCCAUUCUUGCUGCACUGCAGCAGAACAACUCCAGUCUGGUGCAUCAGCUAAAGGCCCUCAAUCUGCUAGUGAGAAAGUUUCCCAAGCUGGAGCUGCUGCCACUGCAGCUGCAGCACUUCUACCACUGCCUGCAGCGCCAGAGCCAGGUGGGCUGUCGUGAGGAGACGCUGACGCUGUUCAAUCACUGCUGCAAGCAGCAGGAUCGCGCAUUCCUCUACUUUCGCAUCAUUGUCGCCUUCUGGCCCUGGACGAAUCGCAAUAAGUACUAUCUGCUCAGCGGCAUCCUCAACUCGCAUCCAUUGCCAGAGCUGCUCGCCGCCAGCGAUCAGUCGGAAGCGGAGUUCUUUGCCGGACUGCGCCUGAGUCUCAGCUACAAGGGACUCCGGGCGGCCAGCCAGUAUCCUGUGAAGAGUCUGAGCACUCAGCGUUCGCCGGCGUUGCUGUCGCUUGCUGUGGAGCUGCUGGUUAAUGGCAGCGUGGCGGAAAUCCAAAACUUUUAUUCGCAGUGGUUUUUGCGCAUCCAGCAGCGGGAUGCACUCUUCCAGCUGCUGCAAGCCAAGCCAGAGAUCGUGGCCUUUCUGGCCAGCUCGGAGACUGCGCGCACGGCCAGCGAACAACAGCGUCUCAUCCUCAUAUUCGGCAUGUUCGCCAAGGAGAUCUAUGUGGCGUCCAAGCUGCACUUCUUCAAGAUUAGCACCGAACUCUUGACCAAUUGCAGCGCCUUCGAAACGGAUGCACAGCUGCUGAUCUUCAAGUUCCUCGUUGAUAAUCUCGGCAAUUUUGCUGUCGAGGAUUGCCUGGAGUUCUUCUACAAUUUUAUGCAACGGCAUCGCGGCGUGGAGAGCGCCGAAUUCCGCAACACAAUGCUGGGCAAGAUGCCCAACAUUAUCAAUCACACCGCCAAACAUUUCAAUCGGGCCCUCAAAGUUGAUGAUGGGGUUGCCAGCGAUGCCCUGGCCCACGAUAUUCGGCGCUUCUUUGCGCAGCUGCAGCAAAUGGUGGAGCAGGACAUGCUCUGCGAUGUCUACCAGCCGAGAAUCUUUGCACUCAAAAUGCUGCAGAUGCUGCACAAAUCGAUGUACGGCGUCGAAGUCAUUAAGAAUGCCAAAAAUUGCAGCAUACAGCAGAAUCAACAAUUGGGCAACUUUCUCAAGUUGCACGGUGUCUUUAAGCCGUGCGCUGUGGCCGCAUUGCUUUUCAAAUCCCUCAACGAUCCACAGGGUUUCGAUGAUGCACUGGAGCUGACGGUUGAACUACUGCUCCAACUGGGCCAUGUCGAUGGCAAGCAGUGCAAGGCGCGUUGCCUCACUCUUUCCGCCAGCGCCGACGUGGAUGAGUGUGCACUCGUCACCCAUUAUGCUCGGCUGGCGGUGCACAGCUUCCCGGACCAGACUGCUGGCCAGACACUCUACGAUCAGUGCCUGCAGCAAUUGACUGAGAAGCUGUCUGGCUUCGAGCGUGAUCCGCUGCAGACGACAAAAUGCAGGGGUGGUCAUCUCUUCGGCCACAUCUGUGUGCUGAACGAGCUUGUCGGCGGACUCAGCGAUCUCUGCCUGAAUACAUCUGUUGCUGCACUUUUGCCGCCACUCGAACGCAUACUCAACAUCAUCUUGAAGUUUCUGAAUCUAGCGAAUUCCCAGCGAGAACAGGAUGCGGUUGCUGCCAGUUUUCAGGACAUGGAUGAGAGCCUACAGCUGCUGGUCAGUGGGAGUGAAUACGAUGAACGCGAGCAUGCCGAAGCCUGUCGCAAGUAUUUGCUCAUGAGUUUCUGGCUGACUCUGAAGGCCUGUUGCGAUUUGUCCACCAGUGUGGGUUGCGCGCUGCUGCGUGAGAUUGACGGCCAGCCGGACUAUGAUGCACUGCAGCGCUGCCUGGAGGUGAAUGUGGCUGUGUUGACUCGCUGCCGGCACAAGGGCGCCAUUGAGGCGGCUGGCCUCAGCAUUGGCAGGCUGACGCGUGCCAUGACCAGUCGGUUUGCUAGCGAGGAUCGGGGAUUUCAGCUGCUGCACGCUUGCCUGGAGCGGCAGCUGCUCUUCGAGUGCCGGCAGGUGAGCACCACACGACGUGGCGCCGGUUUCUCCAUCAUGUUUCUGCAUGUGCUCAAGAACGAUGAUCCGCGCCAGCGUCUACUGCUCCAUCGCAUUGUGCAACGCAUACUGCAGCGUCUAAAUGAUGGCUCCUCUGCUGAAAACGCUGCCAGCAGCAACAGCAGUAGCAACAACCUGGACCGCUGGGAGGCGCUGGCGCUGCAUUAUCUGUGCGUGCUGGUGCGGGACACGGAACUGCGUCCGGCCAUGUGCAAGUACUACAAUGAGAUCAUGCUGGUGGCAAUGGCGCACAUUGACACCGAGUGGACCAUCUCGAAUGGGGCACUGCAGCUGUUUGGGGCUACGCUGGGCAAGCUGGUGGGUCAGCGACAGGCGACCGAGUUCGAAACGAAACUGGCCUGGGAACCCAGCGAGAUGAGCUACGAGGAGUUGGCCUGCCAGCUGCCCAAGGCCUCCGAGCAUAUGCUCUUGCAAUGUGGCCAUGACGAUAAUGGUGACAGCGACACAUCCUCCAUUAUACUGUUCCUUGGCUUUCUGUCCAAGGUGGAGCAUUUGUGCACCACGCGCCAGUUGCAGCAAUCGACGCCGCUGCUGCAACGCUUCCGUCGCCUCAGCUUCCGACUGCUGCGGCACCAGUGCGAGCAAGUGCGUCGCCUGGCCGCCACCUGCUUUGUGCGUGCCCACGAAUUGCGCUGUGAUCUGCCCGUGGUGCUGCUGGCCAGCGCCAAUCGGGCAUCGCAACUCCAAACGGACAACUUCUACGAGGGUCUCAUCUACACCCUGCACGCGGGUCUGCUCAAGCUGCAGCACGAGGCGCGUCACGUGUGGACUGCCGACCAGUUGCAGCAUUUCCAGCAGCUGUUGCUAACAACGCUGCAGAUCACCGAGCAAGUGGAUCACUACAAGACGCCCACCUUGAAUGUGCUGCUCAAAAUGCUGCAACUCGUGGCUGCCACCGAGCAGGUGGCCAUUGUGCAACAGCUGCUGGAGAAGCGUAGCAAGCUAAGCGAUAGCUAAAUACACAUUCGACAUCGGUAGAUAAGAUAUAGAUUUAUAUAUAUAUAAGCCCUUGCAGGGCAGACGUAAUCUUGGCGAGAUGCGUCGUCCCAGUUUCAGUCUAUUGCCAAGCCAACUAGUCUCUCUAAACUCUAGCAUAUAACAAUCCUAUAGAUAUAUAUAUAUAGCUUCCAUCUCUGUUUCAUCUGCUAUAACGUAUAUCUGGUGUAUAUAUGGGCGAUCCGUCAGUUGCUUAUGUUUUUAAUUAAUGCUGCCAUUGGAACAAUCAGAAUUCGAUUUUCUUAUUUCUCGAUCAAAUUAAACAAUUUUGAACUUUA